AUGGAAGAGAUCCUAACCUCUGGUGCAUCACCUGUUCGUUCUGAUGACAAUUAUAAUAACGAACACUUCCCUGACUCGACAUUGGAACAAACAGAAACAAAUAUAUCACAAACAACUGAAAGUGAGAAAGACGAAGCACUUCCUGCAUUGACAGAAGUGUUAGGUCAACAGGUUCGGGGAGGUACCCUGUGUUCUGCUCCUGCUCUACUGUUCACUGCUGCGACUGGUCAUAGUGCUCGUGAACAACAAUUGGCGGAACCAAGUCCUUAUGAGUUGUUGGAAAUUCAGUUUUCCAAGGACAUUAGCGAAAACAUCAUUGUGCGGACAAAUGCUUGUGCGCAGAAAAAUUAUUUACAAAAUUGUAAUACUUAUAAAUUGGUCACUAACUAA